UCUGCAUCCUAACAUUAUCUGUACCGGACUAGCAACAGCAUCCAUGCAUCUGUCUAUCUCCAUGGACCGAUUGGUGGCCAACACGGUAAGCCAGGACUAACAGAAUGCUCAGUGGCUUCCAGAAAUGCAUCCAGAUCUCCACUCCAUUUUUUUUUAGGCAUUAGAAUAUGCAGCCAAGAUGUUGAGGUAUUCCAUAUAGGACCCCCACCUUGCCCUCUUCAUGACACUGUUUCAACAAGGAACAGUGGAAUUGUCCCUGAUGCUCUGGUCGGUAUUCAUCCCUCAACAAACUUCCAUAAAAACAGAUGACCUAGUCAAAAUCGCAUUGCUGUUUUUCGGAGCUGCUGCAACUCCUGUAUAAGUAUAGAAUUGCUUAAAACAUUUUGAAUUGGUUGCAAAGUGUUUUACAGCAUCCUGAAAAGCACUAUACAAAUGCAUGUUAUCCUUCAUUUUCCUGUUCCGUAUGCCCAGUGCUGGAAAGACGUCCUCAUUAAGUAUCAGUUGUGAUAUUGAGCAUGAAUAUAAAUUCCAGCAUGACAGUUUGUAUAGUUGAGUUCACUAACUCUGCUAACACCAGGAAAAUGGCAUUAAAAGCUUACUGGCUUGACAUGUAAACUCAACUCCAUUCUUUCCAGGAAUGGGGCCUGCCAUUCCUUUGUGCUUUCGACCCCAGAUGACUCCAGCUUCACAAUAUGAGAUUGACUGACUGACUUUUAUGAAAUUGAAACUAGUGAAGCAUUCUGUUGAAAAAGAAAGAAAACUCCAGCAAACUGCUAACACUAUCCCACACAACUAGGCAUUGAAAAGAAGUGUAGCCUUUGCAGUGCCGUUUACGGUUCCCAAGAACCAAUUUAGAAGAAGAAUGAUCACUUGGGCAAGAUAUCAGGAAACUGUCCCCAUUGGUCUAACUCUGCCCAAAAAGAGAAAUCAAUGGAGAAAAACAAAAAAAUCAAGACACAGCAACAAGAUCUGAGUCCAUCUGUGUUCUUGGAAUUGAAUUUUGACAUUUCAUGAGUGAAGAUGGGUCAGGGGCUGUGGAGAGUUGUAAGGAAUCAGCAGCUGCAACACAGAAGAUACAGGGAGGAAAGUUAUUAUCUUGGGGGACAUGACAGGAGACUCACUGCUGCAAGUCGCAAGCAGGCCCAGAUUGGGAUUGACAUCUACCACAUUCUGAGAGUUGGCAGAUCGAAGGAAGAGCACGGAUUUCCAGACCUGGAGCUAUUGCCCCCAGAGCUUAGUUUAACCAUUCUCUCGUACUUGAAUGCGACUGAUCUUUGUCUGGCCUCAUGUGUCUGGCAAGACUUGGCUAAUGAUGAUGUCCUUUGGCAAGGGUUGUGUAAAUCCACCUGGGGUCACUGUUCCAUUUAUUAUAGAGACCACCCUUCAAAUUUUAGCUACAGGAAACUCUACAUGCAACUCGAUGAAGGCAGCCUUACGUUCAAUGCUAAUCCUCAUGAGGGAAUAGGCUACAUUUUUCGCAAAGGCAUACUGGACAAUGUUCCAAAGGAAAUUGCAAAGUUUAUUUUCUACACAAGAACACUAAAUUGGAAGAAACUUCGAAUUUAUUUAGAUGACAGGUAACAUGUUUGUAAAUAUG